AGGCAGCGCAGGCGCAGUGGUGAGGGCCGCGCCGACGGGAACGGCGGCGGUGAUGUCCCGCAAACAGGCGGCGCGGACGCGUCCUGGGAAGGCGGAGGUGGAGCGGAAGCGGGACGAGCGGGCGGCCCGGAGAGCGCUGGCCCGCGAGAGGCGCAACCGGGCCCAGGGCGAGGGCGAACACGGCGGCGGCGGCCUCAACGAGCAGCUUCGAGCGCUCGGACUGCGCCUGCGCGAAGUGCCGGGCGACGGGAACUGCCUGUUCAGGGCCCUGGGGGACCAGCUGGAGGGCCACUCACGGAACCACCUCAAGCACCGGCAGGACACUGUAGCCUACAUGAUCCAACAGCGGCCAGACUUCGAGCCUUUCGUGGAGGACGACGUCCCCUUUGAGAAGCACACUGCCAAUUUGGCCCAGCCGGGCACGUUUGCUGGCAACGAUGCCAUCGUAGCCUUUGCGAGGAACAACCAAGUGAACAUUGUCAUUCACCAGCAAAACGCCCCCCUUUGGCAGAUCCAUGGGACAGACAAGAGCAACGCCCGAGAGCUGCACAUCGCCUAUCGCUAUGGCGAGCAUUACGACAGCGUCCGAAAGAUCAAUGAUAACUCAGCGGCUCCCGCUUGGCUGCAGAUGGAGAUGCUGUGCCAAAACGAAUCCCCAAACCAGGAGGCCCUCCAGGCGAAGGGGGAGAGGCAGCCGCAGCCGAAAGAGGAAAGCCAGGACGAAAUGGACGACGCGCUCCAGAAGGUCCACAACGCCACCGGAUGCUCGGAUGUUGGUUUAAUUGCCCAAGUCCUAGAGGCAGAAGGUUACAGCAUUGAGUCCACCAUCUUUGCCCUUUUCCAGAUGAAAGACCUGGAAAACCUCCGAACAACCAUGGACUCCGCCAGUCACACUUCGACGCGUGAAAUUAUCCUUCUGGCAACCAGUUCGGCCGUUACUGCAAUCCUCUAUGCCGUCUACAGACAUAAGUCAAAAAUUGCAGACAGCCUGAAGGGUGCUAAAAAAGUCACCCUGGAUCAGGAUUUAAGGAACCUGCUGAUAGAAGCCCCAGGGAAAUGCGUCCCCUAUGCGGUGAUAGAAGGUGUGGUGCGAUCCGUCAAGGAAAGCCUCAACAGCCAGUUUGUGGACAGCUGCAAGGGAGUGGUCCAGAGGCUGACCCUUCAGGAGCACAAGAUGGUGUGGAACCGGACCACCCACUUCUGGAACAACUAUGAAAAGAUCAUCCACCAGAGGACAAACACGGUCCCUUUCGAUCUGGUGCCCCCGGGGAGCGAGGUUCCCCCCAGCGUGGCCGUGAGGGUCCUGAAGCCCCUCACUGCUGCCGAGCUGAGCCUUGAGACCGUCUACGAGAGAUUUCACCCCUCGGUGCAGUCCUUGACAGAUGCCAUCGGCCACUACAUCAGCGGAGAGCGACCCAAGGGCAUCAAGGAGACCGAAGAGAUGCUGACCGUCGGGGCGGCCCUCACCGGGGUCGGUGAACUUGUCCUGGACAGCGGCACCAUCAAGCUGCAGCCCCCCAAGCAGGGCCUGCGCUACUGCCUGAGCAGCCUGGGGUUCGACACACUGCUCAAGCGGCAGGAGUCGAGCGUCCGGUUCUGGAAGAUCCUGACCACCCUCUGUGGGCUGGCCAGCUGCGCCCUCCUCAUCUUCAUCCUGCACAAACAGUACCGGUGUCAGCGGGAGAAGCGGCAGCUGCGUCAGAUGCUGGAGGGCCUCACCGCCGGAGGGGACGCCACCAACGCCUGCGUGGUCUGCUUGGGCAACAGCCGGGCCUGCGUCUUCCUCGAGUGCGGGCACGUCUGCUCCUGCCUCAAGUGUUACGAGGCCCUGCCCAGGCCCCCCCGCUGCCCCAUCUGCAGGCAGCUGAUCACCAGGGUGGUGCCUUUGUACAACAGCUGAGGGGCGGUGCACGCUCCCCCCCCCCCCACCCUUAGGCUGCUUUAGGAACUGGCUUGAACAUUGCUGUGUAAAACGGGGAGUGGGUUUCGUGGGUGGGGAUGGGGCUGAGCUGUAGCUCUUUGCACAGAUGGACAAAGCCAAGCGAUGUUGUUCCCACACUCAGUCUGGAAUCGAACUGCCGGCUGUGGCUCUGGUGAAAAUGCCAGAAUGAAAGUUCUCCUUCUCCUCUCUUUGUGCGUGUGAAUAAAUCAUCUUUAGAUGUUGCCUGUUGGAGAAUUCCCAGGAUCACGUUUCUGGAGCUGUGUGGAGGUCACCCGUUUUUUUAUUUAUUAGGGCUCAGUGUCUUUGGCCCUGAAUAUUAUUUUUUAGUCUCAUUUCCCUGCCUACUCAGGUCCCCGAGUACAACGGGGUCGCCCUGCCCUCGCUUCAGGGGCAACUUUGGCUAUUUGGGCCUCCAAAGAACUUUACAUGUGUCAGGAAAGAGAUGGAGGGAAUUCUUUUUGGUAUUUAAGGAGGAGAAAACCAUGGCUGUGUUGAAAAUGACUGGCUAGUCGGGCAAAGCCGCCUUGAAGUUUCAAACCCCAGAAGGGAAUCUCUUCCAAACGGCCUCCAUACCUGGCUUGGAUGGCCCAAGCACACAAUCACACGCAGAGGCGUGCGCACACACAGUGGGCAUCCUGAGAGAGAGAAGAAGGAAAAUAAAUUCGGUUAAACGCUGUGAAUGUGCCUCUCCCGCCUCCUCAAUAUUUAACCCUUUUCACGUAACUAAAAGCUCUUAAUUUGGUUGCCGUUCCCGAGUGAGCAGGUUGCCGCAGG